AUGCUUGUUCUAGGAGACGUAUCCGACUCCGCUGUGCUCGACCGCAAGGCACAGCCGGAAGAGGAGCGCAUCGAAGAGUUCGUGCCAUUCCCCGCGAAGUCGUCCCAAGCGCUUUCGGCGCUGUCGUUUCACAGCUCAUUUUUCUCGUACACAACAGAUUCAUCAAUUUCAGCCGAGCCGGUGCUUACCUCCAAGUCGCCAGCACUCGUCACGUCCCCCUCCAGCUCUGCAUCACGAGGCGGAAGAGCGCCGUUGCAACGGACAGGGUCAUUGUCGCCACAGAGCCAGCCUUCGGCACCUGCUUCCUUGAGCGCAGUACACGAGGCAGGGCAGAGUCCCGACGUGAAGGAAGAGAAGUUCCUUUUUUCUUCGUCCCUAUCGUCUUCUGCAGUGCUGGCGGAGAUGCGGACCACGAUCUCUCAGCUGACCACGUCCUCCUUUCCCGUGCCGCCGCCCCUUGUCGCGGCGAGCGCGAUGACGACGCAGGUGCUGCCUUGUUGCACGGACGACGAGGGGCAGCACUGCAGCCGCGCUUCACCGCCCGCCAUGGCAUCCUCGUCGCUGUCACUGUGGACUCCGCGAACAGCAGAUAAACCUCAAACUGAGGCGCGCGAGCUGAGGUGCCGCGGGCCAUCGGCGAAAGACCCAGGCGCUGCCGAUACCGUAUUGACACUGCCGUUGGCAGCGCUAGACGAAUUGCCGCCACCAACCCUGGUGUCGUCCUCGUCGUUCUUCUCUGCCUCCCCAUCGGCUGCGUCGCCGCUGUUGGCCGUGGCUGCCUCACUCAAUGAGACGCCCGUCCGUGCAUCUCUGUCCCAUCUGGCCACCAGCCUUCUUUAUGCGGACGGUGUAGAUCCCUUAGCGGACGAGCCGCACACACAGAGCCGCAUCAACACCGCGGCGCUGCCAUGGGUGCCGAUGCUGCUGCCGACAAUGCCAGACCCGAAGCGCAGACAGCAGCGGGGGACAGAUACGUUCCCCCCUCAUGCGGAGGGCCACGACGAUGUACGCUGUGCCGCUCAAGCCGGUGGUAAGCCAGCAGCAAAGCGGAGGCGGACGAGGAAGGGAACCAAGGAAGAGGCGUCGACGACUGGCGAGGUAGUCUCGAUCGCGGAGAGGGGCAUGCCGGCUCCAGCGCCACUCCCGCAAUCACCCUCAUCGAGGCGGAGGCGGACAUCCAAGGCAGCAACGAAGGACGCCCAUCAGAUAGCGUUGACGACAACGGUACGCAAGGAUGCUGGACUUGCACCAAUGCCGAAGUCAGAAGCACCACUUGACCAGAAAGAGAACUGUGACGGUGCACGAGGCCUGACAGAGUCUUCGAAGGACCACUCGCCUGCAUCCCACACUGAACCGAGGCACAUCUCUCUACCACCAAACUCCGCGAAGCCGUCCACGGCACUCCAUCCACAAGAGCUGACGGUCCUGGGUGGUGACGUGCCCCUAUCCCACCUAUUCGCAACCGGCAGUAACUUGAGCGCGGACUCCAAGUCCAUGGCGCCUGCCGCUUGCCAACCUCCAGCUGCUCCAUCAGUGCCGUCGCAGUCACAAGAGGAGAGGUUGAGGAGGACGCGUUUCCGGCAGGCCAGAGUUCCACGGACUGCGGCGGCAGCUGCGGAAGACGGCGCCCCACCAUCGGCGGGGUUGGUUGCUGCGGAAACGUCCCGAGAGGAGGCGGAGCCAGCCUCCGCAGCCGCAACCUCAUCACCGCUGUGUCUGUCAUCACCGCCAGUGCCCCGACUGCCCGCACGCUCGGAGAAGCUCGACGACGGCGGCGCGAAGGCCGAGUUGCCAGCUAGCGGCGGUACCUCGGCAGCACCGAGUCUUGGCGCGGCAAGAGGAGGAAAAACACCGACAUCCUCGCUGACGCUUCCGGCCCGGAAACGGAGAACGGUGCAGACGACACCCGCUGGCGCUACUGAAACCCCGUCAUCCACAGGGAGCGGCGACACCAGCGGCUCCAAUGGCGCCGCCACGCAUGCUGUAUCCACCUCGAAGUGCGCCGCCGAUGUACAGCCAUCGCUUCUGCAGGCAUGGUGGUCUGCAGCGUGCACCUCUGCAUCAUCCUCGGAGUCCGGCCGAUCCUGCUUGUGGGUUGAACUGUCGGAGGGAUACCAAGAGGCCCACGGGACACUGCUGCGUCAGGCCCUCGUGUACUGGGGAUGGCUUCAUAGCGAGAGCUCCGUCAGCCACUGCGGAGGUCUGGAGCUGCCGAUCGGUGUCUCGCCUCUGUCCUCCAGUUCCACACCAAAGUGCACGAGCCGCAGGCGCGCGCGCGACAGGAAGCGCAGCGAGACCACCGCGGCCGGUGCGAGCGCGCAGUGUGAGCGCACGGACAGGAGAGUCAAUAAUGGUUUGGUGGUGCUGCUUUGUCCAUCGCCACUGCCCAUGGAGGAGGCGCUGCGGUGGUGGACGCAGCGCGCACAUGUGGAGCACAGUUUUAUGCCACCACUACUGGCCGUCUCCAUGUCAGCGGAUCCACAAUCGAGUGCUCUAGGGCGUUCUGAUCGAGUGCCUAGCGCUUCCCGGGCGGUGCCGACGCCUGAGGAGGAGUAUGAGCUGCUGAGGGGCGCGAUUCAGCUGGCAUCAAGCGUGUACUGCACUGACGCGGCUCGCAGUCUCGCGGUGUCGUGCACCGCCGCCGGACACGCUGCGCUAGCACAACUCUUGUCGCUGAAUCAGGUAUUCGAUAGCUUGCAGGUCUGCGCCGACACGCUCAGGUCUGCCGCGGGCUUACCUCCUGUUUCCUCACUUGUGCAGACGCCCCUGGACGAGGAUGCUGACGUGGGCAGUCUGACCGCGGUCUUGGCUGUUACCGCGCUUGUGCAAGGCGCGGGCAGUGGAAGUGGCAGCGCAAGGGAGGGGGGCCGUGCUGCCUCGCUGCAGGAGCGGUGCUUUGCAGAGCUAUGCCGGUGGAACGGCUUGGCCGCCGCACUGCAGCGACAGCCGCGGCGACCGCAGCUCGUUCUCCGCCGCGUUUGUGUGAACCCGCUGCACCGAAACGGUGGCACAUCGAAGAGAAAAAGAACGCCGGUCGGUCCUGCUGUAUCGCCUUCGGCUUUGAUGGACCCCAGCGAGGGGGUGCUGUCCGCGUCGAGUGUCGCCGGCUCCUCGCUGCUGCCAGAAGAACGGUGCCAGUGGGUCACGUAUGGGAUGGUGCUGCCCGCCACGCGCAACGAGGACACGUUUGCAAGCAGUGCGCGUCGUGAGGACCGUGUACUGGCGUCGCAGUCACCGCUGGUGGCGCUCGCGCCGGCGCACCUAUCCGCUCUCUACCUCUUCGGCCGAGCGCUGUUCACGCCCGACAACUACGCGACAGCGGUGAACGUCGUGGAGUCUUACGCACGUGUAUCGCAGCGGUGCUUGACGGACUACAUCUCCGACUAUACCUGCGUCAUGACAGGCCCGCUGCGUUAUUCUGUGUCGGCAACGGUUCGACGCUAUUUGCAGGUGCGCGUGCUAGUGGAGCUGGCGCCGUUGCUGGCAUUGGUGGGCAACAUGACCGCUGCGCAGCCGCUAGCGUCGACGAGGCUCUCCGCUGGUGGCGCUUGCGUUUCACCUCCGAGCACAUCGACUUUGUCGGCUCCUGUGGCGCUUUUCGCUCGUUCGCAAUGGCGCACUGUCAUGCUGAGCUUGUCCUGCACGUGCAAUCCCCGCUUAUAUGAACAGGUGCCUCGCACGGACGAUGGCGUGAAGGUGUGCCGCCACGUCGCGGAGCUCUUUCACUACUUCACCACUCAGCAGUUUUCUGUAGUAGGCCAUCAGGCGGUGCAGAGAGAGCAGCCACUGCCGCAGCAUCAGGUCCAGAGAGCACCGGCUCGAGUUGACCCGAUGCUUUAUUUACGGAGUCUCUCACCAGUAUCACUGCGUACUACGUCAUCAGAGAAGCGGCAGCUGUCACGUCGCAGCCGCACGAGCACGAGCACGAGCACCAGCAGCUCCGGCUCAAGCACCAACGUCAUUUCGAGCAGCUUGCCCUUGCCGGCGCCCUACACGCACUCCUCCGACCUCUGUGCCGAUUCAGAGGGGACUGCCCGUAAGCAAGAGAAACAUGAAGUCUCUGGAUCGGAUAGCACAGACUCCGCAUCCUCGGCACGGCCUCCAGCUCGGUGCCGCUCGCUGCAACGCAGCGCGACCGUCGCACUGUCGCCUGCGACACCGAGUAAGGCACCACGGACAAGGCCUUCGAAGAAGGCACAGCGCUCCUCCACAGCGGCAGCAGCCAAUGCUUCGGUGGCCUCCUCGGCGACCGCCUCAGCAGCGGGCACAAACUUCCACACUCAAGCGCUUCAGUACGCGCUGCGGCUUCUGCAAGAGCGUCUGCGCGACGGCAGCGGAGAAAGGACUGCAGAUGGCGGCCGGGCAUCCCUUGCAACAGCAGCCACGAGAGACGGCGGGUCGUUGUUUCGUCCCAGCGGCCCGCCACCACCCGCGCGCGCACGGAAGCGCACCCGCUCAGAGGGCGUUAGUGCAGGAGAGACAGAGCAUGCGCGGGCGCUGCGACUGGUGGAGCAGUUGCUGCGCGAUCAACUACGCUGA